AUGAAACUCGCAAACCUGUCGUUUCCCUUGAUGGUGAUCCUCAGGUCCAUCCAGGGCCUCUUUGCCCUCCUGGUACUCAUCCUCUCAGCCAUUGUCGCGAACUGGUACAACACAUCGACAAAAUACCUGCCACCAUCCCAGAUCAGCUUCCUCCUAUUCGCCGCCGUAUGGUCUAUUCUCUCCAUCACAUACAUCGCCGCUUCUCUCGACCUAACCAACACCCUCUUCUACCUGGCCGGCUUCGCCGCCCUCGCCGCCUUCCUCAACAGCCUGCUCUUCUGCCGCGGCGACGUGUGCCGCGCGGCCCAGGCCGACGUCGCCUUUGGUGCCUUCUCGUUCGCCACCUGGGCCGCCUCGGCCGCCCUGACGUGCACCGAGGUCGUCCGGGCCAGGCGGGCGGGCGGCGGGUCGUCGCCGUCCGCGGCG